UUCUACUCCAGUUUGAGUUUAAAGCAAAGCAAUUAAUAAACGAAAUGCACUACGUGGCUUGAACCGAGACACGGCAUUGUCGAAGACCAACAUUAAUGGGUGCUGUCCUUCAUAAACUUUGCAGUUGCUGCCGAAAAAAGAGAAAUAGUAUCGGCACACUUCCCGAUAGGCGUAUCAAGGUUUUGCUGCUCGGAGUUAUGGCUAGUGGAAAAACUGAGCUCGGCUACAUACUGAGUCGUCAGCAACGAGAGAAUUUUGAGCCCACAAACGGCGUCCAGUUCUAUCGGAUAGAGCUACCCGAGCGAUAUGUUUCCAUCACAGAAGUGGGUGGAAAUACCGAAAUUCAAAAGAUUUGGCAUCAUUAUUUUCUCACAACAAUGGGAAUUAUUUAUUGUUUCGACAUGUCCACAUCAUAUGAAAAACUGCGAGAUUCCUUUGAUUGCCUGCGGCGGGCCCUAAUGCAUCCGUAUGUACGAGGUAAGCCGGUACUGCUAGUCGCCACAAAAGCCGAUUUGGCGGACGAAGGCAUUCAACUGUUCGACAUAGAGAACACCUUCCAAUUAGAGGCGCUGGCCAAGUAUUAUCUCAGUAGCGCUCACGUCUGCUACGUCGGCAAGAAUAUUUGUAUGGACAAUCUGUGGAAUGGCUUUGGCUGGUUCGUUAAAUAUAUUAUAGACAACAUGGAUCAAUUGCAGAUGAGGCUAAAAACCGAUGCCAAUUUAGAGGCUUGGCAGGAUCAGAUCAAAAAAUUAGUCUCAGAAGGUCGCAUGAAGCGAGGUCGUUAUCGCCAGUUCCAGUAUCACUUGAAAAACACAUCGCGCAGGAAGUUGUGGUAUCGCUCUUUUGGCCAUUUUCGCACAAAACGCAUUCGACCCCACACGGCUCCAGCCACAAUAAACGCCGCUGCAUUCGGGACAAAUACUUCAACAACUGAACCUGAAAACUCUCCAUCGGAGGCGUGUGUAACUGUUGCCAGUAAAGUGCCAAAUUUAAGUGCGAACUCACUGGAAGUGGGUAAAGUGUCCCAGGCGUGAGGACAAAGUGUGGGCA